GCAUACAUGUACCAUGUAGAAAGGUGCAAUGGUAUACAUGAAAGGGGCAGAGUGACUGAGAGAAGUAUAAAAAUGGGACUCUCCUCGUAUGACCCUGUCUGGCACUUGUUCAGGAACCCUGUAUUCACGCUGACUGCCUCUCUCUCUCUCUUGCUCUGCGAGCUUGGCUUUCAUCCAUUUUGAGUUGGAUUUUUCUCUCUAUUUCAUGCAUUACCUCUCUUGACAGCGUAACUCUUGCACAUAUAUAAUGCCACUGGGUACACAUGCACAUUUUUGACAAUCUCAGGUUUGGUUUUUGUUUGAUCAACUUGAUCGGAGGAAUGCAAUGGGAAAAUCAUCUACUUCAGAGAAAACUGCUCGGGAAUUAGGCAGCAACUCCAAAAUCCGCACAUCUUGCCCGCACCACGACCAAUCACAGCAGCCCUACAGCCUGAGGCGAAAGGCAUCAACUCUGUGCUCUGGCAGAUGGGACUUGAGUUCAUCACCUGGGUCAUCUCCCAUGACGAGAGCAAAGAGAUCAAGGCUUUCCAGUCACACAGACACUCAAGCAUCAGGAGGGACGACAGGAGAUGACAAUUUCCUGGAGUCGUUGAUGCCAGAUGAGAUCCUCAUCAAAAUCCUUUCCUACCUCCUAGAGAAGGAUCUAUGCAAUGUGGCAUGUGUAUGUAAGAGGUUCAACACCCUUGCCAGCGAUCUCACUCUAUGGAAACGUUUGUACCAGUCUGUAUAUGAGCUAUCUCUUCCCCUUCUGCGACCAGGGCCAACCAAAUUCAAAUUUGUCCAACCAGACAAGCUAGAUGUGCCAAACAUAUGGAAAGAGAGUUUUAAAACUUUGUACUCAGCUGUCCACGUCAAGCCAGGCUAUGCCGCCUACAUGCAUGAUUCUCCUGAACUAUUCAAGGGCCGUGAUAUCCAGUACUACGACACGAUAGACGAGGCACUGUCAUCGGUGGAGGGUAACGAAUACACCCUGAUCUUGGUUCACGAGGGUGUUUACACCGGAGAGUGGCUGUACAUAGACACACCCGUCUGUAUAUUAGGAGCUGCUCCUGGUCACAUUCCAGACAGCGUGAUUGUUGAGAACAGUAAAGAGUCUACGUUUAGGUUCAUUGAAGGAUGUGAAGAUGCAUAUCUUGGUUAUAUUAGUAUUAGGUUUAAUCCCGAAAGCAACUCCAAUCAACCACAUCACAAGCACUCAUGUGUAGAGGUUGAUGCCAACUGCUCGCCAACCAUCGAUAGCUGUAAUAUAAGGAGUAGAUCACAAGUGGGUGCUGCAGUAAGUGUGAGCGGCAGGAGAGCGUCACCUACCAUCAAGAACUGCGUCAUCAGCGAUUGUGAAAAUGUGGGACUCUUCAUCAACGACCAUGCAGAGGGUCUCUACCUUGACAACGAGAUCAGUGGUAAUGCAUUGGCAGGGAUCUGGGUGAAGAACUAUGCAAACCCUAUCAUCAGGCGUAGUCACAUUCACCACGGUAGAGAUGUGGGUGUCUUCACAUUCGAUAAUGGCAUGGGUUACUUUGACCGGUGCGACAUCCAUCACAAUCGUAUCGCGGGCUUUGAGGUGAAGGCCGGAGCUAACCCAACCGUCGUUCAUUGUGAGAUCCACCACGGUCAGACCGGUGGCAUCUACGUACAUGAAAACGGUAGAGGAGAGUUCAUAGAGAAUAAAAUCCAUUCCAAUACCUUUGCUGGAGUCUGGGUGACGUCCAACAGCGAUCCAACGAUACGGGGCAAUGAAAUAUUCAAUGGUCACCAGGGAGGCGUGUACAUAUUUGGAGAGGGGCGUGGCCUGAUCGAGCACAACGACAUUCACAGUAACGCACUGGCAGGAAUCCAGAUUCGCACUAACAGCAAUCCCAUCAUUAGGAAUAAUCGUAUUCAUGACGGUCAACAUGGCGGCAUCUAUGUGCAUGAGAAAGGUAAGGGGUUAAUCAUAGAGAACGAGGUUUACAGCAACACAUUGGCUGGUGUAUGGGUUACUACAGGUAGCUGUCCGGAGCUUAGAAGAAACAGAAUCCACAGUGGUAAACAGGUUGGUGUGUACUUCUAUGACAACGGCCACGGUACGCUGGAAGAUAAUGAUAUCUUCAAUCACAUGUACUCCGGUGUUCAGAUCAGGACCGGUAGCAAUCCCAUCAUCAAGAGGAAUAAGAUCUGGGGAGGUCAGAAUGGUGGUAUCCUCGUCUAUAAUGGAGGUCUUGGUGUAUUAGAGCGUAAUGAGAUCUUUGACAAUGCCAUGGCUGGUGUGUGGAUCAAGACGGACAGCAAUCCUCAUCUUCGUUACAACAAGAUCCACGACGGUCGGGAUGGUGGUAUCUGUAUAUUCAAUGGUGGUAGAGGAAUCCUGGAAGAGAAUGAGAUCUUCCGCAACACGCAAGCGGGUGUCCUGAUCAGCUCCCAGAGCCAUCCCAGGCUAAAGCGGAAUAAGAUCUUUGAUGGCAUGGCAGCGGGGAUCGAGAUUACCAACAAUGCUAAUGCCUACCUGGAGGGAAACCUUGUCUUCAACAAUAAGUUUGCCGGGAUCUGUCUCGCUACAGGUGUCAAUCCAGAAAUGAAAGAUAACAAGGUGCACGGUAAUAAGAAUGCCAUUGAGAAAGCUGUCAAGUGUGGAAGGUGCCUGUACAAAAUCUCCAGCUAUACAAGCUAUCCCAUGCAUGACUUCUACAGGUGUAAAACGUGUAACACGACAGACAGGAAUGCCAUUUGUGUGAACUGUAUCAGGAGGUGUCAUGCUGGUCAUGACGUGGAAUUUGUCACGCAUGAUAGGUUUUUCUGUGAUUGCGGAGCUGGAACAUUGUCAUUGCAAUGCCAACUCGCGGGAGAACCAACCAAGGACACGGAUACCCUAUACGACUCAGCAGCGCCCAUCGAAUCACACACACUCAUGGUCAACUGACAAGACCUAUGCACAACUGAACAAAUGACUUAACCAAGACCAAACUGAGAACUCGUUUCGGAGGAGAGAUGCGUUCGGAAACCCUGAACUCUUCCAGGAUAAACAUUGAUUAACCGGACGUUGGUUUCCUGUAUUUGUUUGUUCCAUGCCAAAGUUUUGUUUGUGAGUUGACCGUGGAGGGAAACGCGGAGUGCAUAGUGGAAUGUAGCCAGGCAUCGGUGUUGUUGCCCGCAACGGAUCAUUUGGAUCGAUGCAAUGUAGUUGGGGGAAGAUUUCUUCGUCCGAGCGAAGCAAAUAGCUGGGAUGGAGAGGUACCUUAUUUGAAUAGAGUGUGAAAAUUCAUCAUUAAAACUUGCCUGAAGGGUGGAUGAAACUGCCAUGUGGAUAUGGAUGCAUUGUAAUCUCUCAAACGGCCAUUGUGAAGAUUAUUUGUCAGUCACUUGAUCAGCACAAACUGAAGGAGCGCAAUCGACCUUUGGUUGUCAUAAUUCUGUGUAUUAUUUUACAUAAGCCAGUUAUGUUCAAAUGAGCACAUGGACAGUUUAUUGUGAUGACAGGAAGAUUACGUUGAGGGGAGAGGGCCUCUUUUGGUAAAGUGCCAAGAGACAUAUGGAUCCAUUCGCGGUAUGCAAUCUGGAUGUGACCUUUGACCUGAGAAUGAAUGAUGCAUAUAAGGUUUCCUCACAUGACCUUAUUAUCCACAACAGGUUAAUUAUUAGAUGUAUUCUUUGGGUCUUGGUCAAGAGACCCAAAUCGACUGCACCAAGUACGCGGUACAGUUACACUAGUAGAUUUCAUGCAACUCAUGUUAAUGUUUAUUAGGUGGUUAAAUGUGAUCAAAGAAAAGAAUGGCUUAAGAAAAAAAAGACACAGAGGUGCCUAAGAUGUUUUGUCUGAAUUUGUCAAGUGUCAUUGAGUAGUGAAUAGAAAGUGUGCACCCAUGGUUUAUGUUGAGUAUAGUUCGUGCUUGUUAAAAGGAGUUUAAUCUCUUAUACACAAUUGUCUCAUUUUGAUGUGAAAUACUUACUCUGAGUCAAUUUAUGGAUGGAGUAAAGCAGAAGUAAUCGUCCUGCAGAUUAUGUUUUUUCUUCAUUUUCUCAAUGUAGAAAUAUUUGUUGAAUGAAUCUUUACAUAUAUUUGCAUGAUACAUUCAUUUGCCAUUUAGACAUUUAGACUAUAAUAGAACAUUAACAGUUUUGUCAUGGGGUUGGACUACUAUAAUUGUGUUAGAAGCAACGCUUCUAAACAUUUCCUUUUUAUUGCUUUAUUUGCAAGUAUGUAUUUAAGUGCCACGGGAGGCGUAUCAUCGUCCAAACGAAAGGAAAGUGUAUUCUCUCGUUAAAGCGAACGAAAUACGAUGACAGAGGAUAAAAUACUAUUUCAAAGUCAAGAUUCUAUAUUUCUAUUAAUAUAUAUUUAUCCAUAUUUAUGCUGCAGAGUUUAGAACUGCCAAAAUCAAAAUCAUGAAACAACAGAAAGGGGUUGGUAAUUGUCUAAGUCCCGUUAAAACUUGAUUUUUUUUUUAUGCAGAAAGGCCCUCAUUAUUUACCACUAUACUGAUUUUCUUGAGAUACUUCAAUAUCUAUGCUAAUUCAGGGAAUAUGUUAAUUGCAACAUUCUUGGACCUAACUUGUUCCCCGUGUGAAGAAUAAUUCACAUGAAAGCGGAGAACACUCGGUAUUUCAAGGAUGCUUUUUUUCCAGUGAUAUUAGACUGUGUGCAUUGAAUGUGAUGCAUCUUUCCCUGGCCUGUUACAGUCGGCAAAGCAUGCAUGUUUGUGUGGCCCCAUAUACCGUUGUGUCGUGGAGUAAUUUUCCAGUAGCUUCCAGAUCAUGCGUGAGACAUCGUACAACUAACCUUAUCCAGUUUUGUUAUAUCGAUGGUUACAAUCGGCAAAGCAUACACUAUUAGUGUUACUAUCAGAUCUGAUGUUGGUCUUAUUCUUGUAACUGCAAAUGAACUUGUUUGUUUUCUACAGACUACAGAUUCAGUUAUUCUAAUGGGAGAUUUUUAGUUCCAGGUGCAUCUUACAGCCCAACCUGCUCUUUCAUGUGACUCAACUU